UGCUUCGUCUACAGCGACAACAGUUCAGUUUAAAGCGCGAACGCGACAGUUUUACAGUCAGACAGAGAAAUGGUCGCGCCAUAUACAUUAAUCGGACUGCUGAUCGGCUGUCUAGCAUUGGAAUUACCUUGGCAGACACAUGGUCAAUUCUGGAAGAACUCGCAGAAUCAACAUCAGAGCUGGGAGCGAGAGAUGAUUGCAUUACGCGAUUCGGGAAUUUGCUACAAGACUCAAGUUGUUGAGACCUUGAAUCCCGAGCUGAGACAACGACAAAUCUCCUACUGCUGUGACGGUUAUCGCAAUCGGGGCACCUCGAAAAUACUCAAAUGCGAGCCCAUCUGUGAGGAGGAUUGUUCCAAUGGUGUCUGUAUUGCUCCUGGCAACUGUGAGUGUGCUCCAGGAUUUUAUAGAGAGCUGGCUCGUUGCCGCAUAUAUGGCGACUAA